UGUAUAUUACAUUUUGUAGAUUUGUACUUUACGUUUUCUAUGGAACUAUUUGAUUCAAUUUUAUAAUGACUGACAGGGAAAGUUUAUUGAACAUUAGCAAAGAAGCCUCGGAAGAUGAUGGGGCUAUUGGAGUAAUAUCAGGUAUGCCAACUGACGAGACUGGCCUCCUGACAAAUAAUACCAAUUCUAAUGACAAUAACCAGACGGAGCCGAUAUUCUAUGUAAGGUCACGGACCACUGCUGUAUCCAGACCCAACUAUGAGAGUUUGGACUAUGAAGUAUGCGAAAAUGCCCUUUUUCAUGACGAAGAGCGGAAACGACUGCAAGAGCGCUUUUCUAUACGCAAGGAUGUUAUUCGUUGGAUCAUAUUCAUACAAAUAGGCAUUAUAACAGCAUUAAUUGCCUGUACCAUUGAUAUUAUCAUUGAAGAGUUAUCCGAAUUCAAAUACAAAUUCCUUAAAAAUGCUGUGGACAACAAUGUACCUAUGACUGAUGAUAGUGAUAGAGAUCUUGCGAUUCCAUUUCUCUAUUGGAUUUUAUUGUCUAUUGUGCCAGUGUCUGUUGGAGCUGCUCUCGUGACGUAUAUCGAACCCAUCACCGCUGGUAGUGGCAUACCCCAAGUAAAGAGUUAUUUAAAUGGUGUUCAAAUUCCACGGAUAGUACGUAUUAAAACCCUAGCUGUCAAAGCCGCUGGCGUUAUCACCUCUGUCGUCGGAGGUCUAGCUGGUGGCAAAGAGGGUCCAAUGAUUCAUGCCGGAGCUGUCGUAGCAGCUGGUAUAUCCCAAGGCAAGAGCACUACAUUUGUUAAAGAUUUCCGCAUAUUUAAAGCUUUUCGAGAUGAUCACGAAAAGCGAGACUUUGUGUUGGGAGGGGGUGCCGCUGGUGUUACAGCUGCUUUCGGAGCCCCAAUCGGUGGCAUGCUUUUUUCACUGGAAGAGGCGGCUAGUUUCUGGAAUCAGAAUCUUAUUUGGCGCACAUUGGUAGCAUCAAUUAUUAGUUCUUUCACGCUAAAUAUUGUUUUGUCUACAUAUCACGGGCUUGACGGUUUUACAUUCACGGGUCUUUUCAAUUUGGGGAAAUUCGAUCAGCCACUCACUUUUGAAUACUUUGAGCUGCCAAUUUUUAUGCUUCUGGGCAUUGCCGGAGGUUUGCUGGGAGCAACUUGGAAUUUUAUGAAUACAAGAAUCAAUAAAUUUCGAAAACGAUACAUACCCUGGAAGAUUGGCAAAGUGCUAGAAGCUGUUCUUAUUGCAAUGGUUGGCGUCACAUUGGCCAGUGCAAUGAUGUUUUUCAUAAGCGACUGCCGACCCUUGGGCAAUGACCCCACCAUUCAUCCUGUGCAGCUAUUUUGUAAGGAUAAUGAAUACAAUGCAGUUGCUGCGCUUUGGUUCCAGACACCAGAGGCAACGGUUAGAUCGCUAUUUCACGACCCUCCUGGAUCGCAUCAAAUCCUCACGCUAGCCAUGUUUACACUUAUCUAUUACGUUCUUUCCUGCGCAACCUUUGGACUGAAUGUCUCCUUGGGUGUUUUUAUUCCCACAGCACUAGUUGGUGCUGCUUGGGGCCGAUUAGUCGCAAUGCUCUUAUUCUAUUUGUUUCCCGAAACAAACUUUCUCCAUCCCGGAAAAUAUGCGCUUAUUGGAGCUGCUGCUAAUUUGGGUGGAGUUCUACGAAUGACAAUUAGUUUAUCAGUCAUCUUAAUGGAAACAACUGGUGUUGAGACCUCAUUCUUUUUUCCCCUCAUCAUUGCCUUGAUCACCGCCAAAUGGGUGGGGGACUCUUUCAACGAAGGCAUAUAUGAUACACAAAUCGAGGUUAACCAUGUUCCCAUUUUACCAUGGGAGCCCAUUCCACAAUUUAAAGGGCUGAAAGCCCGGGAUAUAAUGAGUAAGCCUGUUAUCUGUAUAAAACUUCAGGACAAGGCCCACUAUAUCUAUAAGGUUUUAAAUGGUUGCAAUCACAACGGAUUUCCUGUGGUGGACAAUGUGCAAAAUAAUCUUCGCUCUAAAGGCCGCGUGUGUGGUAUUAUUUUACGCUCCCAGUUAAUUGUAAUCUUGUUAAAAUCCCUGUAUGUGGAAAAUAAACGUUUUUGGGUACCAGAAACAUCCAUUCAAACAUUUCGAGAUGUAUAUCCAAGAUAUCCGUCAAUCGAAAGUGUUCGCCAACUGGACAAUAAAGAGAAUUAUACCGUAGAUCUAUCGAUGUUCAUGAACCCAUCGCCGAUACGCGUUAACACGCACGAUUCAGUGCCAAAGAUAUUUCAAACCUUUCGUGCAUUGGGUCUACGACACAUGCUAGCCAUUACCAAUGAGAACCGCAUAGCUGGCAUUAUAACACGAAGAGAUUUCAUCUAUAAAUAAACACAACUGUCAUUUUUAAAUUAUUUUUAUCGAAUAUGGAAUAAACUUGGUUUUUGCCAGAA